AUGCAACAGUGUGACAGUAAAUAUGUCGUGAAGUACUACGGGUCCUACUUCAAAAAUUCUGACCUGUGGAUUGUGAUGGAGUACUGCGGUGCUGGUUCUGUUUCCGAUAUUAUGCGAUUGAGGCGCAAAACAUUAACCGAGCGUGAGAUGAGUGCCGUACUAAGGGAUACCAUAGAAGGAUUAAGAUACCUUCACGAUCUUAAGAAAAUACAUCGUGAUAUCAAAGCUGGCAACAUCUUACUCAACACUGAAGGGCAAGCUAAAUUGGCCGACUUUGGGGUAGCUGGGCAAUUGACGGUAGGUGUAUAUUUUUGUGUUUAUCCUAUGGAAGAAGUAAAUUCUUUUCAAGUUGUUCGCGUUUCAUUCGAUAUCAACUAG